GUGUUCUCAUCCAAUACCAAGGAAUCAAAACAGGCCAUGUCUCAAUACAUUGGAAAGACAAUUUCUUUGAUUUCCAACAAGGGACUUCGUUAUGUUGGGCUUUUGGACAACAUUAAUGCCGAAGAGGCCACCGUUGCCCUUAACUCAGUCAGAUUAUUAGGAACUGAAGGUCGUAUGGCUGCCAAUGGUACUCCCAACUUAGAAGUUCCACCAGGAAACGACAUUUACGAGUAUGUUGUAUUCAGAGGGUCCGACGUUAAGGAUUUAUCGGUGUUGGAUACUCCGAUUGAUCAAGUCAAGCCAGUGCCUUAUUCAGCAUCAUCUGGUACUUCGGGAUACUAUGCUCCACAACAAAUGCCCCAAACCGCUGCUCCGGCUAGCGCUCCUGCUCCAUCAGGUGUAGAAGCUGCCCCAGCUACAACCACUGCAACUGAAGAAGUCGCUGAGUCUCCUGCUGCUGUUCCAGCUUCUGUCCCACACCAACCAGUUGAAACUGGGGCUCCACAACACCAAUCUCCAGAACCUACAAAAACCAUUGCUGAAAGGGCAACCCCAACCACCACCGAAGAAUCUCCUGCUGAUCCAGAACCAAGAUCUUCACCACAACCAACUUCCGCCAAGCCAAAGCCAGUUCAUCGUAAACCCCAUCACAAGGGUCCCGAUAUCCCAACUGAAGAAUUUGAUUUCGAAUCAGCCAACGCUAAAUUCUCCAAAGAAUUGGAGCAAGAACGCGAAUUGGAACAUACCGGAUACAACAAGAAGUCUUCAUUCUUUGACAACAUCUCUUCCCUGACUGAAGAAAGAUCCAGCAUGAGAUGGGCCGAGGAAAAGACUUUGAAUCUUGAUACUUUUGGUGAAGCUUCUUUACAAAGGGGUCGUGGAAGAGGCCGUGGUAGAGGUUGGAGAGGUGGAUUCAGAGGUGGUAGAGGAAGAGGCGGUAGAGGCAGAGGUGGUCAUUGGAGAGGAGGCAAGAGUGAGAAUAACGAAGGUUCUGAUUAUCAUACCAAGCCUGAAUGGGCAUGAAAUUAAAUAAUGCAUAUAAACAAAAAGUAGUUGUAAAGUAAUAUAAAGAUUAUUGAAUAAAUAUAAUAAUUUAUAAACCUAUAUCCUAGCUACUCCACCUAUGAAUAUCUUCUUUUCCCGCUCUUCAUCUUCAUUAGCAAGUUUCAAAAAUCUUCCAUAUUCUUGAGUAAGUGAAUUUAAAGGACUGAAGAAGUGAUUAAUGGUAAGCAUUCGAAUAAAUCUACCCACUUUAGUAAACACAUUCUUACUAGGUUGAUAUUCAUGACAUCUAAUCAAAUCAUUUUCGAAAAUAUGCAUCAUUGGAUAACUAGUCAAUUGAUCUUCGUUUAAUACACUUAUGGCUGGGAUGUUGUUCAUGAUAUGAGACACCAACUUUUUAUCCACUUUGAUGUCUUCCAUGUAUCCAAAUCUGAGUACACAUUUGUAAUGCCCUGGUAGUUUCAUGGGUGCCAUCAAUACUCGUUCUUCUUCAGGGACAUAAGGAAUACUCAAUACUCGAAUCCCACAAAAGACAAAGUUGGAAGGAAUAGAAACAAAUGUUGACACCAAUUUAGCGUAUAGUUGAGGUAACGUGUUUGGAGAAUUGGUCAAGAGGGAAUCAACAUACAUGAUCCCCAAUCCUUCAUGUUUGACCAAGGUUAAGUUACCGAAUCGGGUAUUGACAUCAGUUUUCCCAACCUGUUUAAUGUCUUCAUGACUGACAUUCUUGUUGUUAAGAUCAAGAGUAGUCACUUUAGGACCAUUGAAAUAAGGAUACAAAUCCC